CCUAUCUAUGCUGUUGAGAUUCAGUUGAAUAAACUGACCAAAAUUUUUUUUUUCUUAUAAAACAUAUUACUACCGCUAAACACUCGACACAGUUCAUUCCCUCAAUCAAACCUUGCCUCACGAUGAUCCGCCGCAAACCCACUGCUAUAGCAAUCACCUUCGAUGACCUCACAAUGUUUGAGGAAUCCCGAAUGCGCAAACUAGAAAAAGAAAGCAACAUUCAAGACCAAGGCCAAAAUAAUGCUCGCGUGAACUUUGACCCGAGCGAUGAAUUGAAGCCUUUACCGGGAGACAAAGCACGGAUUGUUCGAUCUCGUGAGGAGCGAAUUGGUAUCAACCAACGGAAUUGAAAACAGCUACAUAUUAAUAUCCCUCGCGGCCCAACAGAUCUUGCAAUGACCUGACUCAACUAUUUGGGGGGGG